UCUCCGGCUUAAUUGUUGUACUCUCGCUAUUGGUGUUGCACGGGCGAUCUUAUGUGUGUAAAUUACUCCCGUACAAAUGUCCGUUUGACAGAUUCAUUCUCUCUACAUAAACACUCACGUACUCGACGUUCCAUUAAUACUCGUGCUUUGAUCGGGCACGGGUAAUAAUCUGUCUAGUUUCUUCGACUUUGGCGCGCAUUUACAUCUUUCGUUCGUUUUCGAAAUAUAGAUUUCGUGUGACAUUAUUAAAAGAAUACGUUGUACACACCGAGAUUUGUUGAUUUAAAGUGCGGAUUGUACUGUUUGCAAGAAUAAGUUAAAUAACUUCGCUGUAAGAACUUGAAAAAAUGCGAAGUGGCAGUAGUUUGAAUCAAUUCAACGACGAUGACUCCUUUAGUGGUGGACCAUGCCCGUCGUGCAAAUUGGCAAUUGACAAGGAGACUGGUAGACUCAAAUGGUGUACUGGCGGAAGUGAAGCGUGGCGUUUUUGUGUCAAACUAAUGCUUCUGAUACCCGCCGUAUUGUUACCGAUUACUAUAGUGUGUAUUGCUCUGUCGCAUUUUCAAACUACAACCAAAGUCUCCGAGCCGCAAACAUUUCCCAUCUACGAAAUGCAGGAACAGGAUGAACAAAAGAUUAAAGAUGACAUCUCUUGGUCUACCAGUCGCAAUGACGUAAAGCAUGGAGCCGAAGAAACCGAAGACGAGGAUCGAGUUUUACUCCCCGAUAUGAAAACGAGUUACGUACCUGUAGACAUGCAUCCUCCGCUUCGAUCCGCGUUCCAGCGACGGAAGAGAGACAUCGAUGGGGAGAAUCGCACGAGGAAUGGUAUCGAAUCGGGCGAUCGAGUAAUGUCCUCGUUAUAUCCACAUUUAAUUAAUGGCAAAUUGACAGAUUCCUUUUUGAGCAGAAAAUUAGAUAGGAAAAAUGAUACGGUGGAAAGAUCCUUUUCAGAUAAUGUGAAUUAUAUCGAAGGAAUAAAGGUGAAGGAUGGUGACAUAAUCGGAAUGAGCAACGCGCAGAAUGUUAAUGAAGAACUAGAUAAUUUCUUAAGCGAUUAUUAUCUAGAAGUAGAAGUUGAUGAUACAUAUGAAAGUACUGGAACAAACAAUCAUCAUUAUUCCGAGUCAAUAAAGAAUGAAGAGACGAUGCCAUAUUAUAAUAAUAAAUACGAGGGCAUAGAUAUUGAAGAACAGUUGAAAGAGGAGUCGGUUUUGAGAAAGGAAGAUAGAUUCUCUAUUUUCACCAAUGAUACCAAAACAUGGUUGUCAGUGGCUGAUAGACAUGAUGCUAUCGAGGAUGACAAAAUGUCCGAUUUUCAUACAUUCUGGAAAGGCGAAGGAAAUAUUAAAAGUAUCAGAGAGACUCGAGCACAAACAAUGCUGAAAUAUAUGGAUAAGAGUAUAGAUCCGUGUAAGGAUUUCUAUCAAUACGCUUGUGGUAAUUGGGCGAAACUCAAUCCUAUCCCGAAAGACAAGGCUGGCUAUGAUACCUUUGAGAUGCUGAGAGAAUCACUGGAUUUCGUACUCAAAGAAUUAUUAGAGGAACCGAUAUUGUAUAAUGUCGAUGAAUUAGAUGCUGAUGACGCUACGGUAAAGGCGAAACAUUUGUUUCAAAGCUGCAUGAACUACGAGAUUUUGGAGCAACGUAUGGAAAGACCACUUAUCCAACUUGUGGACGAACUUGGCGGUUGGCCGAUUCUAAGGCCAGACUGGGACCCCGACAAAUUUGACUGGCUUCUCUUGACCGCAAAACUUCGAUUGUACAAUAACGACGUAUUAAUUUCAGAAUGGGUGGGUCCAGAUAUUAAAAACAGCGACAAAUACGUGAUACAGUUUGAUCAAACGUCACUCGGGCUUCCUACGAGGGACUAUUUCCUUCAACCGUCUAACGCGGUUUAUCUAGAGGCUUAUAAGGAUUACUUAAUAAAGAUUGCAACUUUACUCGGUGCAUCUUUAGAUAAUGCGACCAUGCAUGCUGAAGAAUUGAUUAAAUUCGAAACGCAGCUCGCGACAAUUACAUCAUCAUCCGAUGAAAGACGAAAUUUUUCGGAGCUCUAUCAACGAAUGAGUAUAGGUGAACUGAAGACACUUGUGCCGCAAAUUGAUUGGCAUCGUUAUUUAUCGAUCGUCUUGACCCGACAAGUAAAUUUUUCUGAGCCAGUCGUCGUCUUCGCGUUGCAAUACAUUCAAGAUUUAGUUGUUUUACUUUCAAAGACACAACCUAGAAUAGUGGCGAAUUAUCUUUUAUGGAGAUUUGUGCGGCACAGAGUGAACAAUCUAGAUGAUCGUUUCCAGGAGGUCAAACAAAAAUUUUAUCACAUUCUAUUCGGUAGAGAGCAAGCGCCAUUAAGAUGGAAAAACUGCGUAACCCAAGUCAAUUCCAAUAUGGGUAUGGCGGUUGGUUCAAUGUUUGUCAAAAAAUAUUUCGACGAAAAUAGUAAAAACGAUACAUUAUCGAUGACUCGAGAGAUACAGCGAUCAUUUAGAGAAUUACUUGAUAGAACCAGUUGGAUCGACGAUGAUACAAAGCGUUUGGCGACUGAGAAAGUAAAUGCUAUGUCGCUAAGAAUCGGUUAUCCAGAUUUUAUCCUACAGCAACAUCUAUUGAAUGAACGUUACAAGGAUGUUGUAAUACGACCAGAUAAAUAUUUUGAAAACACUUUAAAUAUCUUGCAACAUUUGACUCGAGUUGAACAAAAUCGUCUUGGAAACAAUGUCAAUAAAACUUUAUGGAAUACUGCUCCAGCGAUCGUGAACGCUUAUUACAGUCGCAACAAGAAUCAGAUAAUGUUUCCAGCGGGCAUACUACAGCCUCCUUUUUAUCACAGAUUUUUUCCACGAAGUUUAAAUUAUGGUGGAAUUGGCGUCGUAAUUGGACAUGAGAUUACUCAUGGAUUUGAUGAUAAAGGUAGAUUGUUCGACAAGGAUGGGAAUCUUCAUAGGUGGUGGAAAGACGAAGCAAUCGAUGGUUUUCACCGAAGAGCGCAAUGCCUUAUCGAUCAAUAUGCACGUUAUACCGUAACGGAAGUUGAAAUGCAGAUAGAUGGCGUUAAUACGCAGGGGGAAAAUAUUGCCGAUAAUGGCGGUAUUAAACAAGCGUUUAGAGCAUAUGAGAGAUGGUUACGCUUGAAUGAAGAGGAAGACGAGACAUUACCCGGAAUGAGUGCGACAGGUAAACAAUUAUUCUUUUUGAAUUUUGCUCAAGUUUGGUGCGGUUCAAUGCGUCCCGAGGCAACUAGAAAUAAGCUAAAAACAGCUGUACAUUCGCCUGGUAAAUUUCGAGUGAUCGGUACGCUCUGUAAUUCCAAGGAUUUUGCUCAAGUGUUUAAUUGCCCUCUUGGUUCUCCAAUGAACCCUGUAAGCAAAUGCUCGGUAUGGUAA